AGGUAGCGUUAAUGGCGGAGAACGCCGACGGAAAGUAAGGCGCUUGUAAAGUUCAGGUGUGUUUACGGGAUAAAAACACUUUUAGUACAGGACAGACUGGUCAUGACGAAGUCGAUAGCUUUACAGUGGCAGUCAGAUGUAAACUACUUUAUGGCACAACCUAUCAGGACAGACCAAGCUGACUGGAUGAACAAGGCAGCUUCUCAGGAUUUCAUCAUAGAUGUUACAUAUUGGUUUUAUUUUAGUGAAAAGUGAUCUAAUAUGCUUUGAUGACAAACCAGUGACUAGUUUGCGAGAGAGAGUGUAAGUUCUUCCGUAUUUCAGAGCUCAUAUACAACGAUGCACUGUAGGCAUUGUGUGCUCAGACUGACAGUAUUAACCUCCUCAACAGCAUGCAAUCAAAGGCCACCACAAGUUUCUACCUCAACUGUGCGUCACAUCUCUGUGACACUGGACACGAUAUUUUCACGGCAAAAUGAACUGCGUAUACGGACGAGUUUAAUGACAGUGAAGCCAGUAAGAAAGCCAUCCGGAAGUGGGCGUGGAGGCGAGGCUUCUGUUCUGGUCCCUCUGUGUACUGUCAAUAAAAAGCCCUCAAUUCUGUUCACGCUGCGGUCGAGCGCUUUAAACAGUCACAGUGGCCAUGUCAGUUUUCCAGGAGGGAAGAAGGAUGACACUGACCCUAACCUGGUCUACACUGCACUGAGAGAGACGGAGGAAGAACUGGGUCUGUCAGAGAGUCAGGUGGAUGUGUGGGGAGAGCUGUUACCCUCACCAAGUAGGAAUGGCCUAACUGUUACUCCGGUGAUAGGAUUCUGUGGAGAGUUGGAUGUGGAUUUGCUGAAGCCCAAUCAAAAUGAGGUGGAGGCUGUGUUCACGCGAACAAUUUCAUCUUUAUGUAACCCGGCCAACACAAGGAUGACACAUUUCCGCACAGGGGCAGGGUAUAUAUUACCUGUUUACCUUGGGGGACCCCACAGGAUUUGGGGUCUAUCUGCUGUCUUCCUGCACCAGGUCCUCACGAUAUUAGCACCUGGACUUUACAAGUUUAAGAUUCCUAUGGUUAGGCAUGUUAGGUGACCCUGUUCCCAAACUUAGAAAUUUGUUUGGUGUGUUUGGAAUGUGAUAUAUUAUUGCCUUAUAGUUAUUGGUUGAAAACUGAAGAAAAAAUGUGUGAAAGAUACAUUAAAACUUUUUGUACUAAACAUAUGUAAAGAACACUUUGAUAACUACAAAUAUGGUGUGAAAGGAUAAACACAAAUACUAUUGCACUUUAUUGACUUGAGUAUGGAUAAAUAGUUGUCAUGUUGAAUGCCUUCUAUUCAGUAUACCAUGUCUGUAUGGUAUAAUAAUUAAAUUUUUAAUUUAAUAAAAAAUUCAUUGGGU